AUGGACCAUAUCUGGCUGUGGCAGCCAGCGACAAGCAGAGCAACCUGCAGCUCAAUGGUACUGUGGGCUUUGUAUUUAGAUGGAAGCGUUUGUGUUUUUGGCAUUUUCGAAUUUUAUUUUGGCUUCUAUUGUCUUUGUGACAUACUUUCUGCCUUUACGUUGUACUACAUCUUAACUUGCAAUUUCCCUCGCUUUUCGCCAGAAGCCGAGGGGCACAGUAUGGAAAAGGAUUUUAAGCUGGGAGGCCAUAUCCCUCCCAAGGGCCUUGAGACAUGCCAUCCAUCAGUCCUUCGCAUCCAUUAA